UUUUCCACCUUUCUCAAUCAUUAGUCCCAUGAACCACAAAUCACCGAGGGAGAGAGGAGAGAGGUUCUUAGAGUUUUGAACUGGUCAGCAGUCGGACCUUCUCACUCCCCCUCUGCAACCUGAUGACCAAAGACUAGUCCACGCAGAAAAACUCGGUUUCGCAGUCAAACUUCGACUCCUCCCUCCCCUCACUACCUUCCUCUGUUCCUGUCAAUUCUUUUUCCAAGCGCCCCUUCCUUUAAAUUACUCCACCUUCACUCUCCCCCUGCUUCACCUUCACUCUUCCCCUCUCCUUUUCGUAUAGCUCCUGUGCUGUUCUCUGUCUAAAUUACCCAGAAAAUCCAGUUAAAUUUAUCGAUCCAGAUCACAUUCUGGCUACUUCCACUAAUGCUUGCAGUCCCAUCUCUCGGCUCUGCAAUUCCUGCUUCUCUUAUUACCAAUUGGGAAUUGUCUGCUUCUUGAGAAACACAUCUUCUCUUAUUACCAAUUGGGAAUUAUUGCCAAUGCUUGCAGUCCUAUCUCUCUGUUCUGCAAUUCCUGCUUCUCUUAUUACCGAUUGGGAAUUGUUUGCUUCUUGAGAAUCACAUCUUCUCAAUCUGGAGUUGCAGUAUGUUGUAAAUCCCCAACGCGGUAUAAACUGGGAUUGAAGUCCUAGCUUCUGGGAGGCGAAAUGGAGAAUGGGUGGAGCUGGGAGCACAAGGCGCUCAUCAAUGAGCUGACCCAAGGCAUGGAGCUGGCCAAACAGCUACGGUUUCAAUUAAAUUCUGCGUCAUCUGCUGAGACAAGGGAGUAUUUGGUGCAGGGGAUACUCUCUUCAUAUGAGAAGGCUCUUCAGGUUCUGAUAUGGGGUGGAUCAGCCAGACAGCCACAGCCACCGGAGCUGACAAUUAGCGUGCCGGAGUCCCCGAUUUCCGUCAAUGAAAGUCCCCAGAGUGAGGAUCUCAACCGGAGUCUGACCUUCAAAGAUUUUCAUCACCAACAUAAGGAGGUAUCAAAAAAGAGAAAAAUGUCACCCAAAUGGACAGAUAAAGUGCGGGUUUGCUCCGAGAACGGGUUUGAAGCACCCCUUGAUGAUGGCUACAGUUGGAGAAAGUAUGGCCAGAAAGACAUUCUUGGAGCCAAAUAUCCUAGAAGCUAUUACAGAUGCACUUACCGUCACAUUCAUGACUGUUGGGCCACAAAGAUGGUGCAAAGAUCAGAUGAAGACCCCUCCAUAUUUGACAUAACUUACAAGGGGACACAUACCUGCACUCAGGCCAACCAGCCAGUUCCAGCACCGACAUCACCGGAAAAACAAGAACAGAAACAGAUCACCAACCAUCACAGUGAUAAUCAGCAGCUGCAAUCCAAAGAGUUCAUCCUCAAUUUUCGGGCGAGCACCAGCACUGAGGAAUUGGAAAAUAAAGAUAUCCCAUCUCCUUUCUCCUUCCCACUAGCAUCAUUUGCAUCAGUGAAAAGUGAAAACAAUAUGUUUACGCCUUCGAUGCUCGAUAAUACAAACCUCACCAGAAGUUAUUCCCCCCAGUUCAUAUCUCCAGCAACAUCAGAAUCAAACUACUUGUCGGUGUCUCCAUGCGGGGUGAAUGGCAUUGGAGGGUUCAAAAGCCUGCAGCAUUCAGAAUCUGAUCAUGCUGAAAUAAUCUCAGCAAACACUUCAGCCACCAAUUCUCCCAUGCCAGACUUGGAUUUUUCACUAGAGCAACUGGACUUUGGCAGUUUCCCAUUUGACACCCCAGGAUUUUUCUCUUAAGAAAAAUAAAAAAUAACAAUAAAUAAUUAAAUAAACAAGGAAGAACAUUGCAUAGCUAAUUAUCAAAUUUGGUGGUUGACCCAGAUGACGGAAGGUAGUAUGGAAUGAGGGGGAAGUAUGCUUGUAAAAAAAUCAAGUGCAUAUAUAUACAUGUCUCCUCUCAUAGUAGCUUGAGAAUAGCCCUUAGUAAAUGUAUUCUUCACAUGCAA